AUGUCCAGCAACGAAAAGCCCAGCGAGGGCGCUGCCGAGCUCAGCGGGAACACCUACUAUCCCCCGCCGCCGCCGGGCCCUCCUCCGUCACAGCAGGGUCAGCCUGAGCAGCAGCAGCAGCACUUCCAGCAGCCUCCAGCCGCUCAGCAGUAUCGGCCGCACCCCCAACAGCAGCCAGACCAGCAGCAGUAUUUCCAUUCGCCACCAGCUUCGGCCGACGAGAAGCAGUCUCACCAGCAGCAGCAGCAUCAACAGUAUCAACAUCAUCAACAGUAUCAACAGCAACCAUACUUUCCUCCCCCGCCGCCAGCUCCAGCCGACGAGAAGGAGUCUCAGCAGCAGCAGCAGCAUCAACAGCAGCAUCAGCAGCAGCCCUCCUUUCCCCCUCCACCGCCAGCUUCAGCCGACGAGAAGCAGUCUCACCACCAGCAGCAGAGCGCACAUGCCAUACCAGUAUACAAUCCCGCCAAUCCAGUCUUUGCCCCGCCCCCGACAACAGCUCAGCAUGACACCCAAACACCGACGGGCCAUCCAGGUCCGGCACAGUCGUACGCUCACCAGCAACCACCACAGCCUCAAGAGCAGCAGCAGCCGCAGCCGCAGCAGCAACCCUCACAAACUACUCACAAAAAGUCCGGCUGGGGUGAUCGCUUCAAGCACUUUGUCAGCGCCGGAGCCGCCGCUCCCAUCAACAGCCUUGCCCACAAGCUCGGCAGCCAAAGCUUCUUGCCCGAGACCCUGGACAAGGAAUGCGACAAGUCUGCCGCCAUCCUGAGAUCUUUCUGCAGUAUGUAUACACACACAAGGAAGCUCCUGACCCGUUCCAGAACUAACACACACGUUCCCGCAGCCAAAGGUGUCUAUGCUGACCCUGGGGCCGGCCAACCCCCAACCUCUACCGAUCCGAAAGCCCAGGAAUCUAGCACCGGCGUCAUUGACCCGACCAAGGAGAAGCCCAAGAACCGCGUCAUUGUCACGAUCCCGCCCAAGGUUAUUUCCAAAGCAGUCGGCCUCGCCAUCUUCACCACCCUCCGUGCUGGCUUCCAGGUCUCCGGCGCCACUGGCUCCGGCAUCCUGAUUGCGCGGCUGCCCGAUGGAUCAUGGAGCCCACCCUCGGGCAUCCAGGUUCACUCCGUCGGGGGAGGGUUCCAGAUCGGCCUGGACAUCUACGACUGCGUCUGCGUCAUCAACAGCAGGGAGGCCCUUGUCGCCUUCAUGAACACGCGCGUCAGCCUCGGGAGCGAUCUGGCCGUCGUGGCCGGGCCCUAUGGUGCCGGGGGCGCCGUGGACUUUGGUGCCGCCGUGCAGCGCGGGAGAGACGGCGCGGACAACAAGGCCACCGCGGCUUCAGAUGCGCAGCCCGCAGCCGCCCAAGCCCAGCCCUCGGGUGCGCUCAAGCCUGACGCGGGGGCUGCGUCCAAGGACCCGAAGCGCCGGAGUCUCAGCACCAGCGCCUUCAAGCCCGUCUUCUCGUACGUCAAGUCGAGGGGGUUCUACGCCGGCAUCCAGGUCGAUGGCACCGUCGUCGUGGAGCGCAAGGAUGCCAACGCCUCGUUUUACGGAGCUCCCGUCACGGUGCAGCAGAUCCUCCAAGGACAGGUUCCUCCCCAGGGGCCCCGGAACAUGUGGCCCGUCGGCGCUCGCGCGCUGCUCGAGACGCUCCGCGGCGCUGAGGCGGGAGCCCUGGGUCAUCACUCGUCUGCGUCUGCGUCUGGGGCGUCAGGUCCUCCAGGGUCUGGAAACGUGCCCUCGGCGAAUGCGCCGCCUGCGGGUGCUGCCCCUGGUGAAGCGUCGUCUGAUGCGCCGCCGGCGUAUGUAGAUGAUGGAAGUCAUGCGCAUGUUGGUGAUGUCAAGUAUGCGUAG